CGCAAGUCGCAGACAGGUCUACAGUCUCCAGGAGCCAAUGAGCACGCAACCUCUACACCCCUGCACACUGCAGCGUACAGGCUACGCUCCAACGGACCGCACCAAGCUCGAGGCCGCCGCCGCCAUGCCCCUCCGGCGCCUCCUAGGCCUCUCCGGCCGCCUCCGCCGCCCCCUCUCCACCGUCGCCUCCUCGCACCCACCGUGCCACCACACCCUCUCCACCGCCGCCUCCUCGCACCCACCGUGCCCCGCCCUCUCCACCGACGCCUCCUCCUCGAACCCGCCGCGGCGCCGCACCCUCUCCACCGCCGCCUCCACGCUCCCACCAUGGGUCAUCAUCGACGGCAGGUCGCCCGUCGACGAAUCGUCGUCGGCGCCGGGCGCGCUCUUCCGCCCCGUCGACCCUCCGCGCGUCUCCAGCAUCUCCGUCCCGGCGCACCUCAUCAACGCCAGGGAGCGCCCCGCCGCCGACAGCAGCGUCGUCCAAGUCCUCGGCGGCAGCGUCGACGCCGCCAGCGCCGACGGCCACCUCCUCCUCACCCACUACGACAUCCUCGGGCCCGACAUGGAGGCCGAGCGCUGCAUCUGCAACCCCAUCACCGGCCAACUGCUCCGCCUCCCGUACCCCGACGGGUCCAGGAAGAGGCUGGAGUACCACCACAUGGGCCUCCUCACCAAAGCAGGUGGCGGCGGCGUCGGCGGGGACGCGCCUCACCGGUUCGCCGUCGCCGAAAUCGUGCACCAGCGUGACCGCGUCAUCGACCGGUUUCUCCCGGAGAUUGGCAGGUGGGAGUUGGUGCUUGGCCUGCCGUGCAAACCGCCGCUCAAGUGGGUAAUGGAGAUGAACCAGGAAACGGUGGCCUUCGGCGACCGCCUCUGGUGGGUCGACCUCACCCGCGGCGCCAUCUCCGUCGACCCCUUCAGCUACCGGCCGGAGUUCCGCUUCGUCGAGCUGCCGGAGGGCAGCAGCCUCACGGACUUCCUCGCACAGUUCAAAGAAGCCCCCACCGCGACGUUCAUGAAGGAGAUGGGCAAGUACCGGCGCAUCGGCGUCAGCGAGGGAAGGCUGCGCUACAUUGAGGCUUCUCUUCACGACCCGUUCCUGCUCAGCUCGUUUGUGCUCGACGACGAGGGCAGGAGCUGGACGCUGGAGCGCCAGGUGGAGCUCAGGCAGGUGUUGGAGGAUGGAGGCCACCCGUGCGAAGAGGGGAAGAGGCCGCCGCAGAUCGCCGUCAUCGACCCGCUCAACGCCGAUACCAUCUACAUCACCGUCGGCGAGCAGAAGCACAUCGUCGCCGUGGACAUUUACCAAGGCAAGGUGAUCGGGAGCUCUCCGCUUCAAGACGGAUACCGUUCGCUUGUACCAUGUGUGCUUCCACCCGCGCUUGGAUCAAGCCAGAUCCCUACCUACGGCAGGAACCCUCUCCAUGACUUCAAAAUGGUCACUGGGCCAUCAUCAACGCCAUUUUAGCUAGAAUUCUUCUGAGAAAGUACUCAAGGUAUCUACCGUUUUGCUAGGCCGGGAGCUGAAGACAGGAAGAAGAGGCAACACUGAGACGCACAUUCAGUUAUUUAAGGGAGGAGUCUACAUUCAGUCAUUAUCUUGCCAAUGCAAUUUUAGUUAUUCUCAUAACGUAUUUACAACUUGGUGAUGCAACUGGCUAUAUAUAUAAGCCGUACUGUAUUGGUGAUGAAGAGAUGCGAAAGGAAACUAGAAAGGCAUCAACUAAGUAAUCUCCCUAGAGUAGUUAGCUGUAGUUUAGUGGUAGCGGGUAUAUUUUCUUCAGUUAUCCCUGGACACUUGACAGGUACUGGUUGUAGGACGCAUCGACGUUCUUUUGGAGCGAGCUCGCUUCUAGCUA